AUGGCUAAUUCAAUAAAUAAUUGGUUAGGAUUCUCUCUUUCACCUCAGGAUCAUUUCCCUUCUCAAGAUCACUCACAAAACUCAGUUUUCAACUCAGGCACACAAGUUUCAAGUGAAUGUUUCGAUCUCACUUCUGACUCAACUAUUCCUUCUCUCAACCUUCCAGCUCCUUUUUCUAUUUUACAAGAUUUCCAAAGGAACAACCAUUCGCAAGAUCGGAAUGUGAAGGAUGUUGGAUUGAACUCAUUUCCAUGCAGCAGUCAAAACCUGGAAAAUCAAGAAGAGCCAAAACUGGAAAAUUUUCUUGGGGUUUCUGGGCACACUUCUAAUGAUCAAGAACACAAUAACACCAUUUCUACUGAUACUUAUAUAUACCACGAAGCUGCGGAGGCCACCUCUCAAACAACAAGCGAUAAUAAUAGUAUGGGUCUCUCCAUGAUCAAAAACUGGCUGAGAAAUAACCCGGCACCACCACAAGCGGCUGAGAACAAGGGUGGUGAUGACGAGGCGCUGCAACCACUGAGUGUGCAGACCUGGUCACUUUCAAUGAGCACUGGCGCACAGUCAAGCUCCCAUUUGCCAGUUACUGUAAAUGGUGAGAUUUCCACAUCUGGUAACAAUGAUCAACAGCUUAAAAAUGAUCUUGAUAGCCAAGCAGGUGCAAUAGAUGCCGCGCCGAGGAAAUCUAUUGAUACAUUUGGACAAAGGACAUCUAUCUACCGCGGUGUAACAAGGCAUAGAUGGACUGGCAGAUAUGAGGCACAUUUAUGGGACAACAGUUAUAGAAGAGAGGGACAAGCCCGGAAAGGAAGGCAAGGAGGUUAUGACCAGGAAGAAAAGGCUGCUAGAUCUUAUGAUUUAGCAGCACUAAAAUACUGGGGAACUUCUACAACUACAAAUUUUCCCAUGAGCAACUACGAGAAAGAAAUCGAAGAAAUGAAGCACAUGACAAGGCAGGAAUAUGUAGCAUCACUAAGAAGAAGGAGCAGUGGAUUCUCUCGAGGUGCAUCCAUUUAUCGAGGAGUCACAAGACACCACCAGCAUGGAAGAUGGCAAGCAAGGAUUGGAAGGGUUUCUGGGAACAAGGAUGUUUACUUGGGAACUUUCAGCACACAGGAGGAAGCUGCAGAGGCCUAUGAUAUUGCAGCGAUCAAAUUUCGUGGACUAAACGCGGUGACUAAUUUUGAAAUAAGCAGAUAUGAUGUCAAAAGUAUACUGGAGAGCAGCACAUUGCAAAUAGGAGGUGCUGCUAAGCGCCUCAAGGAUGCUGAAAUGGCUCUAGAAAUACAAAAGAGUGUCAAUGAGAACCCGAGUUUGCAUUUAACAGAUGGACUAAAUGGCUAUAGCGCGCAUCAUGGCUGGCGAGCCAUUGCCUUCCAGCAAGCUCAGCCACUGCGUAUGAACACACCUUAUCCUUAUAGCCACCAAAGACAAGAUCCUGAUGUCAAUCAAAGUUUUCGUGAUCUUCAACAACUUCAACUAGGAAAUGCACAAAAUUUCUUUCAACAUUCAGUGUUGCACAAUCUCAUGGGCCUGGAUUCUUCUUCCGUUGAACACAGCUCGGGAUCGAAAUCCAUCAAUUAUAGUAACAAUGGAGCAGGGCACGGGAAUGGAACUGAGGGUAACUUUGUUGCGCCAAUGGGAAACAUGAUAGCUCAAGACAAAGUGAAGCCACUUGAUAACGAAAACAUGUUUGGACCGGGUUCGUGGGAUCCUUAUAUUCAGGAAAGAAAUUUCUGUUAUCAAUCACAACAAGCAUCAUCAAAUGGCUUAGUGAAGGCUGCUAAUGUUCGUGAGCAGGCCUCAACUUGUGACAAUUGGAUUCUUACUGGUGUCCCAAAUCUUGCUGCUAGGCCUAACAAUAUGGCUGUUUGUCAUGGAGCUUCGACUUUUACUAUAUGGAAUCAAACAUAA